GUCUUUGUUGUGAUGACGUCAGACGCACAACGGAGUCUAUUUUGCUCAGUGAAGACAGACGAGCUGUAUGGAGUCUAGCGGUCACACCGAAGCGAAAAUAGAAGUGACAAGCGAAACCGUGGAUGUUAUAGGGUAGUUUUUAGUUAGACCAUUGCGUUAGCUUUAGAUUGUUAUCAUGAACGUGAAGGAAUAGUUUUAAUCGGACGUAAAAAGCGAGGCUGCAGCUGUUGCGCCGUGAUAGCACAAAGGCCUGUGUACAGCUAAGUGGUGUUAGCGGAGCUGCUAAAUAGUUCAAUACGCCGAUACAUAUGCAACAGUUAAAGUGUUUGAAUCUUUUAUUUGAUCGACAGUAAAGUGAAUAAUACAUAGACAAAGGCCUGGAAAUCGCCACGAAAAUGUCGGAACAGAGUGCAGUGGUUAUGCAACAGAAUUUGGACAGGAGUUGCUGGGUGUGCUUUGCCACUGAUGAGGACGACCGGACGGCGGAGUGGGUGCGCCCGUGCCGCUGCCGGGGGUCCACCAAAUGGGUGCACCAGGCAUGUCUGCAGAGGUGGGUGGAUGAGAAGCAGAGAGGCAACAGCACAGCUCGAGUGGCCUGUCCACAGUGUAACGCAGAGUACCUCAUCGUCUUCCCCAAACUGGGUCCUGUGGUGUAUGUGCUGGACCUGGCAGACAGACUCAUCUCGAAGGCCGGACCGUUCGCCGCAGCCGGGAUCAUGGUGGGGUCUAUUUACUGGACGGCGGUCACCUAUGGAGCAGUCACUGUCAUGCAGGUGGUGGGACAUAAAGAGGGUCUGGAUGUGAUGGAGAGAGCAGACCCUCUGUUCCUGCUGAUCGGACUUCCCACAAUCCCAGUGAUGCUGAUCCUGGGAAAGAUGAUCCGCUGGGAAGACUAUGUGCUCCGUCUGUGGAGGAAGUACUCCAACAAGCUGCAGAUCCUCAACAGUAUAUUCCCAGGUAUUGGUUGUCCCGUCCCCAGGAUCCCUGCUGAGGCUUCUCCUUUGGCCGAUCACGUCUCUGCCACCAGGAUCCUGUGUGGAGCGCUGGUUUUCCCCACCAUCGCCACCAUCGUCGGAAAACUCAUGUUCAGUAGUGUCAACUCCAACCUGCAGAGAACCAUCCUGGGAGGAAUUGCGUUCGUGGCCAUUAAAGGAGCGUUUAAAGUUUAUUUCAAACAGCAGCAGUAUCUGAGACAAGCCCACCGCAAGAUCCUCAACUUCCCCGAGCAAGAGGAAGUUUAGGCUGGACACUUUUCAUCUGACCCCUAAAAAACCUGGAUGUACCACAGACUGCCAGUCAGACGAACGAGAGCUGUAUGUGGAGUGACACCUCUGCUCCAUAAUGGAUCUCUGCUACUGUUUUGUGUUUUUAAUUUUCAACACUUUUGCAAAAUUCGGACUGCAAAAAAAGUGUUGAGUUAAGUUUCAAAUUAUUUUAAGGAAGAAAAAGGUGGGGCAUGUGUCAUUUUAUAAUAAAUAAUUGUUUUAUAUGAUGAUUUAUUUUGCAAGUUUCAAAUGUUCACUCCUUUUUGCCAUUUCUUGAAGGAGACUCUGUAUAUCAAAUGAGGAAACAUGUUGGAAUUAAUUAUAAGAAUAAACUGCGUUAUGGAAUAUUGCAUUAUUGACUAUUGCUGAUUGUUUUAAGAACAUAAAUUGCUUUGUUUUUGUAAAAGUAAGCUUACGGUUUGCUUAACACUUCUGCAGCUUUAAGUGCGUAUGACAGGUUUUCAUCUUUUUCUAUUUCUGUCUUCGUUUGGUGCCUGUGGUAAAUAUUUAUCAUAGUUUUACAUCAGUUUAGUGGCUGUUUGUAGAAAAAAGUUGGGAAGAAAAGUACAAAAACACAGGAAGUGGUGCUAAGUACAAAAACAGAAUACCCCCAUCUGUCAACACCAAAAAGAAGGAAUUUUUUUUAGCAGUUUAAACAUGAAUUUAACAAAAUAAAGAUGUAUUUUUAUUAAUCUAAUCAUAACUACUGUGCAAUUUAUAAAGUAUUGGCUCUUUCUAACAUUAUGGAAUUCCCUCUACAUAAUGUCAUAUCUGCUGCCUGUGUCCAACCAGGAAGUAAAAUUAUAAACUAUGAAAAAAUAGGACAAGCGUUUUAGUAAAAUAUUAAAUAAAAUUAUGUUAACCAUGUUUUACCGAAGUGAGUAGUCUAACCUGUCAUAUGCACUUUUAAGAAAAUUAUUUUCAUCACCACGCUACAUAACACUCCUGUCUUCUUGCCUCUGAAUAAAGAUUGUGCUACUACUACUAUAUUCUACCGUAUAUACCAAGGCACAAAUACGUGACAAUCUGAUUAUUAUAUCUUUAAAAAUGGAAAUUCAACUAUAUUUGACCUGGUUCGUUUCAUGAAAAUACUUGAUAGGUUGAGUUUUUGUUGUAGAUUUCAUGACGAUAUAACAAAUGGAGGGCAGAGGCUCCAAACUUGUGUACCCUUGGGUCUUAAAACGACAAUCUUUUCCAUGUUGGUGAAUAAUCAUAUAAUCAUGUGGAUAGGUCCAGUAUUAUGUGCAGAGAUAUUAACCAUAAUAGCCCGUAAGCUGAAUGUGACCUCUGCCUUCCAUCUAUACACUAGUGUCCAUAAACGCAACAUAUUCAUUUCAUAUAUUCAGGCGUUGACAAAUGAUGCCCUCUUUCCUUUUCUGAAAUCACCUUUUCAACUAUUACUUUGCUAAUAAGGGAUUUAACAAGCCACAUUUGCAGUUCACCGUUAACAUUUGUACUGAAAAAUGGAUUCUGCAUUCAAGUUAUACCAUUAUGUUCAAGGUGUACAAUGCAACUUUUCUGAUGGGGGUUGUGUUUGUCUUCAUAGAGAUGUUAUUGCUUUGCCUGGAGUGUUCCACAGUAUGACAUUAAAUUUAACAAUCCCCAUGGAGACGAGGACGAGACAAGUAGGAUGUAGAUGUACUUUUCCCCAUUAGAACAGUGAGUACACCUUUAACUAGCCACAACUUUGGUUAAUUGUUAUAAUUCUAUGUCUCGCUACUACAGAUGUAUGAAUAAGCCUUAACCAUGAUGUAUUCUACUAUAUAUAUACACACACAAACUGAAAAACUACCAGCAUUGGCCUGUAUUUGGAUUACGUUGGUGUAAAGUCCUAAAUAUAACUAUUGGAAUGCUUUUAAUGUCACCCCAAAGGUCAAUAAGGACUUCAUAAUAAACACUAUACUCAAAUGUAGGUGUGUAAAAGUAAAAGGUGCCUCAGUCCACAGCCCUGAACCAGAGACUGACCCGAACAGGACAGGUGUCAUGGCAACGCUGUGUUUAUCAAAGCUCAUGUGAAUAAAUGUAUUUUUCCAAAUGUUAAA